CGCCUGCGCAGAGCUGGCACCGGGAGCCCCGGCAGCAAUAAAAAGGAGGGGGAGCCGGCACCUGGACAGAGACCUGCGAGGAGCACAUCCCGGGCAUCAGCCAGCACCUCCCAGCCGCAGAGACCAUGCAGGUGGCUGCCAUCCUCCUGCUGCUCGCCCUGGCGCUGGCGACUCCCAGCUCCUCUGCUGAGCAGACGUGUGUCCUGACAGGACUUUGGUUCAAUGACCUGGGCUCCAAUAUGACCAUCAAUUCUGUGAACAAAGCAGGCGAGUUCUCCGGCACGUACCACACGGCAGUGAAAGCCACCAGCAACGAAAUCAAGAUUUCUCCACUACAGGGAUCCCAGCACCGUGAGAACAACAGCAACCAGCCCACCUUCGGAUUCACCGUCAACUGGAGUUUCUCAGACGCCACCAGCGUCUUCGUGGGCCAGUGCUUCGUGGACAAGCACGGGGAGGAAAUUUUGAAGACCGUGUGGCUCCUGCGAGAGCAGGUCGGCAGCCUCGGCGACGACUGGGAAGCCACCAGAGUCGGCGUCAACGUCUUCACCCGCCAACCGGUGCGCAGGGAGUGAGGAGCCGCGGGCGGCGCUGCCCCCCCGCCGCCGCCGAAGCCCCCCUACGCCGCCGGAGCCCCCCCCCCGCCC